UCUACGAUGGCACUAGCGGCUGCUCUUGUUUGGUUGAUGCCUGAUGGUGGUAGAGUUUCCUAUUAAUUAAUUAGUCUAAACCAAAGGAAAAUGUAACCAAACAAGACAUCCAAUCCAAGACGCUGAGAAUAGCAGCUAGCUUUUCCAUCCACGGUUUAUUCUCGGCAAAACCACCGUCACCACCUGGAUUGGAUUGCAUUGCCAAUUAGUUGCCCGAGAAAAAGAGAGCGACAAUUCUUGCCUGUUUCCCUCCAUCAAGAAACCAUCAUGUAUCUGAAGCCACUUCUAUUAGUCAUUCUAUUUUCGUGCAUCUUACUCCGUCCUGAUCAGUCUAUGGUCGCCUUUUUUAGUGCCGGAAAUCCCCCAGCAGAGCCGCAUUACUUGGGCGAUGUUGCUGUUUGACUGUGGGUCUAUUGGCAACUCAACGGCGCUUGAUGGGCGUGAAUGGAUUGGAGAUACGGGCUCAGACUUGAUGUCUUCACUGCAACCAAGAGGCAAAACAAGGAGCUCAACUGCUGUUGACAAAUUAUCCUCCGUCGACGGUGUUCCGUACAUAACUUCAAGAAUUUCUGCAACUCCAUUCCAGUACACCUUUCGGGUCACCCCAGGUCAGAUAUUCUUGCGCCUGCACUUUUACCCUGCUUCUUACCGCGGUUUUGAAAAUUCUCUGGACCUUUUCACUGUAAAAGCUGGUCCUUUCACCCUCCUAAGGGACUUCAGUGCUUCACUUACUGCUGAUGGUUCUGGUGAAAAAUAUGUUGUCAAGGACUUUUGUUUGAAUGUAGAAGUAAAUGCAAAAUUGAACGUAACGUUCUCUCCCUCUAAGAGCAGCAAGUUAAAGAAAGUACACGCUUUCGUCAAUGGAAUUGAGAUAAUUUCCAUACCCGCCGGUCUCUAUUACACGUCUGUUGGUGAUUUAGGUGCCCGCAUGGUUGGUCUGAACAAUCGGUUCUAUAUUAUCGAAAACACCACUGCACUUGAAGUGGUCCAAAGGUUGAAUAUUGGAGGGAGCUCUAUCUCACCAAUAGAAGAUUUUGGCAUGUUUCGAAGAUGGAGUGAGGAUUCUAAAUACUUGCAGGAAUCCGGAGUUCAUCGAGUGAGUCAUCUGACUAACAGGAUUAAGUACACAAACAUGCCAGCAUUUGUUCCUCCACCAAGGCUUUACCACACUGCUUGGAAAAUUGGAAGAGGUAAAAGAGGAAAUGAGAUUUUCAAGUUUACAUGGAAAAUACCUAUAGAUCUAGGCUUUGGAUACUUAGUCAGGCUUCAUUUCUGCGACUUCGAUGCUGGUAUGGCAGAAAGCAGGCAAAGGGAAUUCACCAUCCACAUAAAUAAUCGCGUAGCUGAGAAUAAGGCUGACUUGAUCGGAUGGAGUGGCGGCACUGAGAUCCCAGUAUACAGGGACUAUUUGGUGAUGGUGAAAGGAGAGAAAGAAGUCAGGAAUUAUGAUCUCUUGAUUUCCCUACAAUCAGUGGAUGAGUUGGUUUUUGGACUCCUCAAUGGACUAGAGGUCUUCAAGUUGAGCAAUCCUGACAACAGUCUUGCGACUCCAAAUCCUUUAUUUCCAAGACGAGCGUCCAAAAUUUGGAACCUGAAGAUUCCAAACUUGUUCUCAGCUUUUGGCCAGAGCAAUGCUGUUUCGACAGAUCUUGAUAAAUUGGUAUCAGAGCCAGCGAUUCUUGGAAGUUGCAAUGGUUGAAGGUACUCGACUGAAAUCCUUGGAGGAACAUGUCAAGAAACAAGAAGUGAGGUUGCAAGAUGCUAUUGAAGCAUUCCAAAAUUCUCAGCAUCAGUCUUAAGUUCAUUUUAGCAGCGAAAUUAUGACAGAAAUGGAGAAUUCUAACAAGAAAUUGGAAGAACUGGAAGCAUUGAUGACUAAACUGGAGUAGAAAUUCAAUUCCUUCGUACAAAUGAUGAUGAACAAAGAAAGGAGUCCCAUGGAAGAGGCAAGGGAGAGGCCAAUUCUAUCAACACCACCGCCUCAACAAAGACUCAACAAAAAAGGAGAAAACACUGCGAGCUUCUUCAGGAGAGAUGAAGAUAAGAUCUAUUUACCUAAUCCUCCAAAACCAGAGCUACCUCUUUUUUAUGGGGAUAAUCCGCAAGAAUGGCUAAGGAAAUGUAAUAAAUACUUCCUGAAUUAUCAGAUUCCUGAAAAGUAUAGUUAU